AUGGGUCAUUCCUUCCACCAAUUCAAAGCUCUCUUCUGGAAGAAUUGGCUGUGCCGUUUGAGGUCCCCGAUUUUGUCACUCUCCGAAGUUCUCUGGCCAUGUAUGCUCUUCUUGAUUCUAGCUGUAGUUCGUUUCCAGGAACCACCGAUACAGAGAGAGAACUGUUAUUUGGAAGCCCGAGACUUGCCAAGCCGGGGCCUCUACCCUUUUGUUCAGAGCCUAUUUUGCAACGUUGGCUCCAGAUGCAAGAACAGCAGCUAUACCGCUCCGAAAAAGAGCCGUUUCCGAGCUUCUAGUUUCCAGCAUGAUCACAACAGCAUAACGGAUCCUCUAGACAUGACCUUUCUGAAAGAUAUUAAGGAACUUAUGCAGGGAAUUAAAGAGACCACAAAGAAAGCAGCUACUUUGCAAACACUUUGGGAGGAAAGAUCAAAACUGUUGGAUCCUGCGGGAAGUUCCGUGUUCUUAGGUAUGAACUUGAGCGAAACUGAGAAAAUGAUCUCUACAGUGGAACACUUCUAUAACCAGCCCUAUUUCUGGGACCUCUUGUAUUCGCUUCCAUGGCUUCAGACAAGCCAUCUUUCCCAAGAACAUGGGAUCGAGUAUUUAUCAGAGCUUCUGCAUACGAUUCAGAAGAAGAAGCUAUCUUCUGCAUUUUUUCCGCGACGUUGUACCCUGUUCCGGAUGAAGGAAAAUGAGCUCUCCCUCCUCCGUCACACUCAUUUCCCAAUGCUACGCAGGAAGGAGUCAUGGUGCCUGCGCACUGAAGCUGAGCUGAGUUUUCAAUACAAUAUCUGCCUUGGGGACGUCGUGUGGAACCCAUCUGUUAAGACUGAACUUGAAUCACAACUGGGAUUUGAAAAGAUUUAUAUUGACAGGGUGUUAAACUAUACAAUGACUCUAAAUAAGAUUCCCACCAAAGAUACACUGGAGCAGCUUGUGUGUUCAGUCCUAAACAUGGUGUCAGAAGCAGAAUCGGACAAAGGGGGCAGCAACAAGAGAGACUGUAUCUUCCCUCCAUGGCUGGAAGCCCAGACAUAUCUUGUCCAUUCUGUGGACCAGAUCAAGCUCUACAUAAAGAUUCUAAUUUUGUUUUCGUCUCUGGAAACAUUGUUUAUGAAUAAACUGCAGGCGGCAGUUCAGAAUUUGUCCCAGUGGCCAUUUGUGAAGAAGCUGUUUCUUGUGGAUGGAGCUAUAAGGAAUAGUCUGAUGAGUGAUGCACCCUCUGGCUGCAAUGAUGCUUUUAUGAGGAGCCUUGGAUUGCCACCAGACUCGGAGAUCGGAGAUGUCCUUGAAGAAUUUGUGUGCUAUCAAAAUGGCUCCAGUGAAUCUUCCAAGUUAAGGAACCGAAUCCAUUUAGUAAAGGAAUCUAUCCAGCUUCUGCAGAGCAUGAUUCAUGGACAACACGACCUGCCAGUUUCCAUAACUGAAGGAUAUUUGGGCUGGCAAGAGAUAGGAGAGCAGUUGGCUGAGACGAGUGCCAGCUGCAGGGAAAUAAUGAAGUCUCUGGGCAAGACGCGGGCUGUGGAGGACGCCGCGUUAAGCUCUUGCCAGGAGCAGCUCAUCCAAUCCCUGUUUUGGGACACUCUUGAUGAGCUGUGGUUCGACCUUGAGAAGAACUUGUACUGGAAAAGCUUAGCAACAAUUGUUAGGAGAACAUGUGAGAUGGCUUACUAUGCCAACGAAGGGGAUGACAUUGACUCUUUGGCUACGUUCCUGUAUCAGAACUCGAACAACAUUUCAACUCCUUUCCCACAAUUUGACUUUCAAGGUGUGAGCCAGGCUUUUGCAUUUCUUUCCAGUACUGUGAAGGUCCUCCAGGAUUUUCCUCCAAAAUCUUUUUGCGAAAAAUUGUUAAUGCUUUAUAGUUACUUAGAACUCCCGGCUCAGUCCCUCGUACAAGAUGGGGAGCAAGAGACAGAAACGAUAGCUAGCAUGCUAAACAACAAGAACAGCAUACCUCAUCUUGAUGCUGAACUAGCAAGAAAGGUGCUUCAGAUGCUGACGUCUUACAUUUUCCCCAAUUCUCUCGGAAAGUUAGACACAGAAGUCUUCACAAAGGACAUGGUAGCUUUACUGCAAAAUCUUGAGAAAAAGGAUGUAAAUUUUAGUCAACUAAGACAGGUCAGUCGGAGCCUGAACUCCAAAGUCCAUGUGGGUCAAGAGGCGGAGAAUUCUGUGCCGGAUUUCCUAGCAGUCGGGUUAAAGAACAUCAGCAACACUUCACCUUUGUGGAAUUCACCCAGCGUUUGGCAGAUCCUAAAGUUAUUUCAAGAGGCUGAACUUACCGAAUUAAUGCAAAUUCUUCAUUUCCUCCCAGAGGUAGUCAGUCUGUUUGGAAGGGCAGCUCACAAAAACAUGACGGAUGCCCUCAUUGAAGGAUAUCAUUUAAUGCAGAAACAAAGUGCAAACAUGGCAGCCCUUUCCAUGGAGGAAUUAUCCAAUGAAGUAAAUAGCCUCGUAGAGUUAUUGGAGCAAGCCUCAGAUAUGCCCCUAGAAUCUACAAAAGCUUUGAGCUGUCUCGCAGCUGUCAUUUGUCGGAACAUCACAACAACCUCCCGGGAUGAGUCAGUUUCAAAGGCUUGCAAUACAGAUCUGCAGAAAUAUUCAUCUACUGUUCAUGAAGUGGAUGCUGAGAUAUUUGAACAGCUCAAGAUGCUGCAACUCCAAGGAGAAUCGCUGUGCUCUGAUCAACGGUUUCUCAAGGAGGCAACCUACAAAAUAGCCUGCUUCCUUGGCCAGCUGGAAGAGUGGCAUCCUGUUAUCUUAAAGUUUUCUGAGAUUCAUCCGGCAGACAGCUCAGUCCUGAAUGAGCUACUGGCAUUUUGGAAUCAACUAUCAAACUACGUCCUGACUUCCAGAACCAAUGGGAGCAACUUAUCUCAUUGUAUGUUGAUGGGGGGAAAGCAAACUACUUUGCAACUUGUGGAAAAAAUAAGCAACCUGACCUUGUCUGAGAUCAGCGCUGUCAUGGCUCUUUUUGAACAACUUGCAGAUUUCUAUAGCAACCAAAACGCUGAGAGGAGUACUGCGACGUUAAGGACAAAGACCGUCCUUACUCAUUUACAACACGUGGCCCAGGAGGUGUUUAGAUUCAAUGAUACCAAAGAUAUCUUGACAUCUUUCCUUUCUUCCAUGCACCCUCUAAUGGCAUUAUCAUCAGCUGGAAAUCAGUUGCAAAUAGUACUGAGAGCCUUAUUAGCCUUAGCCAGGAAUGAUAAUCUACGAGAGAGUUUAGAGACUCUGUGGUUUGAAACAGAGAGAGACGUAGAAAAUUUGCCAUCAGGUUUUAAUAUUAGGCAUUUGCUGUUGCUAAUUGCCAAAGAAUUCCAUCUGUUAAGCACAGCAAUCAAACCAAAUACUCUCUCGGUGCUGGCCACUGCCUUAAGACCACUGAAUGCAUCAUUUCUACAUAGCUUUGAAGAUGUGCUUGAGCUUGGGAGAAAAUGGCUAGAAGAAUACAAUAGUAAAAACUACUCUAAAAUAAUAAAUGCAUUAAUUUCGCUAACGGCUGACAAAAGCUCAUCGAAUGACAUCAUAAAGAGCAUCAAAGACAUAAUUUCCUUUUUGGAGCUUUUCAAGAAUGAAACUAAAGGAGACAAUCCUAUUUCCUUCGUUAUCGAUUUUCUUAGUGGCAGAAGGUUGAAGAAUAACCAAGUUGCUCACUUGAUUUUGCAGAACAGUCUGCUGAAUGUGAUCUAUGAUCUUACGGCUAAAGAGGAGGAAUUGCAUUCCAAUGACACAGAAAACCAGAUAAUGGAAUUCAUCGACCUGUUCUUUGAUGAUACCCAGUAUGAAAACUAUGGAAAAGACAUUGUUCCAUCCCAAAGCAGGACAAUGGAACUGGUUAAACAAAUUUUGCAAAUCGCAUUUCCAUCGUCCAAAGAACAUCACAGGAACAAAAUAUUUUUCUUACUGAAGGACUUGCAUAAAGACGUAAUUGCAGAAAUGAGUGGGGAGUUCCCUUUUGAUGGAGCCAAAGGACUGAUGUUCGCCAGAAAUAUUUUCAACCUUUUGCUCAGAAAUCCUACUGUUAAAAAUAUCACCAGAACUCACGAGGAACUGCUAGGUUUUGUGUACAGUCUCAGCGAGAAUAGAUCAUCACCUCCCAUGCAAGGGAUCUGUGAAAACUUUGUAUAUCUAAAAAAGAAGCUUUCCAGUACUUUGGCAGAGUUCCAAAGAGUCUUAUACAACACCACCAAUAAAAACUGCGAAUGCCGACGUGUCUCAGAAAGCAUCCAGAAACACAUUGAAAUGUUAACAGAGGCUGUACAGGCCCCCCUGGCAGGCCAUCCACUGAUGGCUUUCCUUCGUAACUUCAGCCUGCCCACUGAUGUGAAAAUAAAAGACUGCCUGCAGAACAGCACCGAGUUGGUCCGGGAGCUCCGUUCCUUAACCAACAUUUCAGACAAUACUAUCAAUACUGUCAUGGAAUCCAGUAUUUCAUAUCCAAAGUUUCUUUCCAGCACCCUCACAGCUGCUUUGGUGGGAAGAUGCGAUGUGGAAGCGCUUAGCCCCUUGCUGAUGUUUCCAACGGGGGACAGUACUGCGGACGCCGUAAAGGAACUUUGUUCUCUGCCACCCCAGAAAUGGUACACAGUGAUUGUACUCCUCCUGAAGAACCUCAAUGUGCGCAAUGUCAUUUAUAAGAUCAAAAUGCCAUCUGAAGUAGACAAGUUACUCGGCAUGCUGUUGGAUGUUGUAUCUAACAUCAGUUCCCUUCUAAAAAAAGCUCAACGUAUCUUUGAAAAUCUUCCUGCAUUCCUUGAAACACUGAAAAGCACAUCUAUGCUUGAUAUUUCUUCUUUUCAUUCGAUCUUCCAGAACAGGGAGCCUAGAAGUCUUGUGGUGGGCUCCCUCCCAUCACUCAUUAAGGGCGUCUGCAAAGAAGACGCUUCAUUCUUCAGCAACACAAAUAUUUUCAUCGACAUGCCUCGAAUCACCGAAGUCCUGGAGGAGGAUAUGGCGAAAUUCAGCAUCCCCGAAGACUCAACACCGUUUUGUUUGCAGCUCUAUCAGGAAAUUUUGAAAUCUCCUAAUGGGGCUUUGAUUUGGACCUUCCUCAAGCCAUUAUUACAUGGGAAGAUAUUGUAUACUCCCGAUACAAAGAAUAUUAAUUUGGUGAUGCAAAAGGCUAAUCGCACAUUUGGCUUUGUUGAGGACUUGAAGACCUAUUCAGAGGCUUGGCUUCGGAUGACGGAACUUGUUGAAAAUAGUGACAACUUCUUGAUGAUCAACCAACUGCAGGAGGCUCUGCAGAACCCUUUUGUAAAGAACUUUGUGGAAAGCCAACUGCAUUUGGAUGUGGGCGAGCUGAUGGCGAAGUUGCAAGUGUAUGAGACCAUGAUAGAGAAAAUGCUUAACAACUCAGCGACGGAGCAGAUUAACCUACUGGCGCAGCUCAUGGGCAAUAUCUCCUCCUGUUUGCGGCUGGACCGUUUCCAGCCUGUCGAAUCUGUGGAGAAACUGGAAGCAAAAGCUCAUGAACUCAUGCAACAAAAUAAUUUCUUGGCUAGUGUUAUAUUUAAUGCUUCCAUCCAAGAGAAAGCUGGAACCAAUCAUGAGUUCCCCAAAAACGUCUCGUACACCAUUCGGACUAGCAUCCUGUACAGCCUGAGGACCGACCUCAUCAAGAACCCGGUGUGGAAAGCCCACCCUCAGAACUUGCCGGCUGAUGGGUUCAAAUAUAACCACAUCUUCAUUCCUUUGCAAGAUAUGAUAGAAAGAGCCAUCAUUUCAGUGCACACUGGAGUCGACACACUGGAUGCAGGGAUACAAGUUCAAGCUAUGCCAUACCCAUGCCACACCAGUGAUCUAUUCCUGAACAACAUUGGCUUCUUUUUCCCACUUAUAAUGAUGCUGACGUGGAUGGUCUCUGUGGCAAGCAUGGUCCGGAAACUUGUUUAUGAGAGAGAAAUGCAUCUUGAAGAGUAUAUGAAGACCAUGGGCGUGCCCCCAGGCAUCCACAUUCUAGCCUGGUUUCUGGAGAACUUUGUUGUCCUUGGGAUAAGCAGCUGUGCUCUGACUGUCAUCUUGAAAGUGAGCGGCAUUUUUGCCUACAGCGACUGCUUCCUCGUCUUCCUUUUCUUCCUGGAUUUUGGGGUCUCGAUUGCUAUGUUCAGCUACCUGCUCAGCGUGUUCUUCAGUUCUGCCAACACGGCGGCCCUUUGUGCCAGUCUGAUGUACAUGAUCAGUUUUUUGCCCUAUGUCAUCCUCUUGGUCCUCCAGAACCAGCUGAGCUUUGCCAACCAAACCUUUGUGUGCUUUCUUUCUACAACUGCCUUUGGGCAAGGAGUGUUUCUCCUUACCUUACUUGAAGGACAAGAACAAGGAAUUCAUUGGAACAACAUUUACCAGCCCUUAGCAAAAGGAGGGCCCCUGACUUUUGGAUGGGCAUGCUGGAUGAUUCUGUUUGACUCCGUCAUCUAUUUUAUAGUCGGAUGGUAUUUCAGCAAUGUUAUUCCUGGAAGGUUCGGGUUGAAAAGGUCAUGGUAUUUCCCCUUUACCCUCUCUUUCUGGAAGAACAUGUGCAGUCUCAGAAGCAAAAAGCAGUCUUCCUUUAAUCCUACUUUAUUUUUUGUGAAUGAAACCUUCCAGGGAAUAGGUUCCCUUCCAAAAGAACCGGAGAAGGGUGGUGAGGGAGAAAACCCAGUAGGAGUUACGUUGAGAUCACUGACCAAGGAGUACCCUGACAGCAACAAGAUUGCCAUUAAAGAACUCAGUCUUACUUUCUAUAAAGGUCACAUCACAGCUCUCCUGGGUCCGAAUGGAGCUGGAAAGACGACAGUCAUGUCAAUGUUAACAGGCCUGUUCCCGCCUAGCUCUGGCACGAUCAUUGUCAAUGGAAAGGACAUGGAGACAGACCUUGCUGCCAUUUGGACUGAGAUGGGAGUGUGUCCUCAGUACAAUGUACUCUUUGAUUCUCUGACUGUUCAAGAACAUCUUUUGCUUUAUGGGACUGUGAAGGCCCCUCUCUGGACAAAACUCCAGCUACAUCAGCAAGUCGCUAGAGCCCUGACGGACGUAGGACUAUUCCAACACCAGUACAAGCAUAUCAGAGCCCUGUCUGGAGGAAUGAAGAGAAGGCUUUCCGUUGCCAUUUCCUUUAUUGGCAACUCCAAGACUGUGGUCCUGGAUGAGCCCACCAGUGGUGUAGACCCAUGUUCACGUCGCCGCAUCUGGGAUAUUCUGCUCAAGUACAAAGCAGGUCGCACCCUGAUCUUUACCACUCAUCAUCUUGAUGAAGCAGAAGCCCUGAGCGACCACAUUGCCAUCUUGCAGCAUGGGCAGCUGAGAUGCUGUGGUUCUCCUUCUUAUCUCAAAGAAACGUAUGGCCAAGGACACCGUCUGACAUUCAUCAAAAAGCCCUCUGUGUUUGCAUUUGAAGACCCCAGAGAUUCUCUUCGCAUCACAGCUGUGGUACAGGCCUACAUACCAGAAGCGUUCCUGAAAGAGAGCAGCGGCAGUGAGCUGACCUAUUUGAUCCCUCCAGAGGCCAACAAGGCCUCCUUUAAAGGUCUCUUCCAGACUUUGGAUGAGAACCUCCAGUACCUCCAUUUGACUGGCUACGGCGUUUCUGAUACCACUUUGGAAGAGGUGUUUUUGAAACUACUGCAAAGCUCAGAGACAUCACAAAUCCCUGUAGACGUGGACAUGGAGUUCACUCAGUCUGAGAGUGGAGAAUCAACACAUAAAAAUGGUAAUUCUUUCGUGGAGGCCCAAAGCAUUCAUGGAGCAAGACUUGUUCUCACCCAGAUGGCUGCUCUUCUAAUGAAGCGCCUUCGUCAUACCCAGCGAGACUGGAGAGGGACUCUAUCAAACGUUCUGCUACCUGUCAUCUUUGUUGCCAUGGCGAUGGCCUUAUUUACUGUGAAGCCAUUGGUUAUCGAUUAUCCUUCACUUAAACUGACACCUGAACUUUAUGACAAUGCAGAAACCUUUUUUAGAGCAGAACGUGAUUGCAUAUUAGCCUUAAAAAGGCCACCAUAUAAUCUAAAAUACUGCCUCUUGGUAUGGUAUAAUCAGAAAGGAUUCCAUGCAUUGCCCUCUUACUUAAACCAAUUGAACAAUCUUAUUCUAUGGAAGAAUCUGCCUUCAGAUGUGGACUGGAAACAGUAUGGAAUCACUCUGUACAGUUGUCCAUAUGGAGGAGCAUUGCUGGAUGAAGAUAAGAUAAUGGAGAAUGUCCGUCAGUGUGGAGUUGCACUGUGCAUUGUGUUGGGGUUCUCAAUCCUUACCGCCUCCAUUGGAAGCUCAAUCGUCAAAGACAGGGUAUCUGGGGCCAAGCGACUGCAACACAUCUCUGGGCUUGGCCACAAGACCUACUGGCUUGCUAACUUUCUUUAUGAUAUGCUGUUGUAUCUGGUUCCAGUCUGCCUGUGUAUUGGCAUUAUUACCGUCUUCCAGCUAUCAGCUUUCACUUUCCGUGAGAACUUGGCUGCUACUGCUCUCCUGCUGAUUCUCUUUGGGUAUGCAACUCUUCCAUGGAUGUAUCUCAUGUCACGCUUUUUCACCAGCUCAGACAUUGCGUUUAUUUCCUACAUCUCCUUAAAUUUUGUGUGUGGCCUGUGCACUAUGCUGGUGACUCUCUUGCCUCGGUUGUUAGCAGUGAUUUCUAAAGGAAAGAGCUUUCAGAAUAUCUACGGCAUCCUCAAGUGGGCCUUCAUAAUUUUCCCACAGUUUUGCUUAGGCCAAGGCUUAAUAGAACUUGCCUAUAACCAAAUUAAGUUUGAUCUGACAAGCAACUUUGGAAUCAAUUCUUACGUGACUCCUUUGGAGAUGAACUUCUUGGGCUGGAUCUUCACAGAAAUGGCCCUGCAGGGUAUGCUUCUCUUGCUCCUGCGGAUCCUAGUGAAUUCGGACCUGCUCCAAAAACCAAGGGACCAUCGCUAUAUCACCAACACCUCUGUCCCACUUCCAGAAGAUAUAGAUGUAGAGCUGGAGAGAAAAAGGCUUUUUGGAGGAAGCAGUGGGAAUGAUCUCCUCCUGUUGUACAAUCUCCAGAAGAGUUACCAGGGUUUCAGCAAGAGGAACACAGCUGUGAAAGGCAUCACGUUGGGGAUACAGAGAGGAGAGUGCUUUGGCCUCCUCGGGGCGAACGGAGCCGGGAAGAGCACCACAUUCAAGAUGUUGACUGGAGAUGUCAUCCCCUCCGCAGGACGUGCUGUUAUCCGGACUCCUAUUGGAUCUGAAAUGGAUAUAUUAUCUGCCCUCUCUGAAGGCAUUCGGAUUGGCUACUGUCCACAACAAGAUGCUCUGGAUUCUCUUCUAACUGGCUGGGAACAUCUCUAUUAUUACUGCAGUCUACGUGGAAUUCCCAAGCAACACGUCCGUAAGGUGGCUGGAGACCUUGUUAGUCGAUUGCAUCUGGAUGCGUACGCUGAUGAGCUGGUGGGGACGUACAGUGGAGGGACCAAGAGGAAGCUUUCUACAGCCUUGGCUUUGGUCGGCAAGCCCCACAUCCUUUUGCUGGACGAGCCAAGUUCUGGAAUGGACCCCUGUUCAAAGAGGUAUCUUUGGAAUGCAAUUACGAAGGAAGUCCAGGAGGGGUGUGCUGCUGUUCUGACAUCACACAGCAUGGAAGAGUGUGAAGCCCUCUGCACACGGCUGGCUAUUAUGGUAAAUGGAAGCUUCAAGUGUCUUGGUUCUCCCCAACAUAUUAAAAACAGGUUUGGCAAUGGCUAUUCAGUCAAGAUGUGGCUCAGCAAAGAAAAUGGUGGCCAAAAUGCCAUCACAGAAUGUCUGCAGCUUCAUUUUCCUGGCAUACUUUUCAAGGGACAGCACCUUAAUCUGUUGGAAUACCACGUGCCACAAAACUGGGGCUGCCUAGCUGAGCUUUUCAGAGUUUUAGAGAGCAAGAAAACAUUGUUGCAAAUUGAACACUACUCCAUUAGCCAAACCACUUUAGAACAGGUAUUUAUUAAUUUUGCUACCCAAGAGCAGGAGGAUUCGAACUCAGCACAAGGAUCUUGUCCCAGUCAUGAUUGCCACUUGCCAGUGUAG